AUGAAGCUGCAAAUGUGUAAAUCAAGGAGACGCAUGAAGGAGGCAGUCUCGGCUGCCUCGCACCCUGCGGGCGAGAUCCUCGUCGACGAGUCCGAGACCGAGCUUGUUAACGACGAAUUUACCGAGGAAACGCCGGUUGGUAGCAAUGAAUUAUCAACUGCCAAUCCUUCCCUUCCUUCCGAGGAGCCCAGCGUUUCGGCAGAGGUGACCACUGCCCAUGGCGAAGAGGACGGUGCUCCAGAGGUUGACGGCGAUGCAGAGGGCGAAGAGGACGUAAGCGAAAAAGAUGACAGCGGUGUGCAAGCUAUAGAAGCGUACAAUGGCGGCGAAUCCUACCUUGAUCCCUUUGGCGUCGCCUCGAUCGAGGAUCGUCGCAGCUUUUCGCAGGACUUUUCGAAGAUGCAGGACUACUGUAAUGAUCGUUUGUACGAGUUGAUGACGAACCAAGAAGUUGCCCUUAAAUGUGUGCGUGAAAUCGUGCCAUCGCUUGCUCAGAGCUGUUUGGCGGCCACUACUGAAUGUCAAUCAUGCCAGCCCAUUGUGACCGGCUGUUUGGGUCUCGGCGACUCAUCAAGCGUCAGGGAGGUGGAAAACAAUGAGUUUCGCGUCGUGGAGGACCGCGGAUCGCUUGAUGCUCCGACCAUUCCAACCGGAAUCUGGGUUGUUGACACGAUUAAUCAAGCUCUUGACAAAUGGAGCGAUUCGGAACGAGUGGGCGCGCUGGGCAGCCUAUUCAAGUUGCUCAACCUCAGUGCGAUGCUGACGUAUCUCGGCGACACAUCUGGUGACCGUAUUGUGGCACUUCUCACUCGCACUAGUUCCGUGAUAACUAGGGGACCUGAAGCCUGGAGGGAAAUCUUGAGGUGUAUCACCAGUGACAGUAUUUCUGAGCCCAAAUCGAUGCCUGUGGUACCGAAUGCGUCCUUUGUUUCGAGGUGCGAAGCCAAGCUUGACGAUGUUCCGGAUAUGGACAACUCUCAGCUCGCGGAUGGUCCUUUCAAGGCCUAUUGGACCUACACCGAAAGGUGGAUGCGUAUGCAUUUCAGCCCGUCUAUCAGUUCCUCGAGAGAUUUUACGGAUCAGGCGCGUGAAUGGUUCAACUCUCUCGACACCUCAGCUCAGGAAUUGCUGACCCGUCUCUCCAGGGCUCUCUGUUUUAGGGGUCCCUGA